UUCUUCGUCUCGUUGCAAGUUCGUUCAAGACUGUCACAAAAACAACAGCGGAAGGAAAAAAAGAGAGAGAAAAAAAGACAGUUCCGCUUCUUCCAUCUCUUUAAUUUCUCGUUUUCUCUCGAAGCUCUCGGGCAGCUCCCAUGGCGUACGUCGACCACACCUUCUCCAUCUCGGACGAGGACAUCAAGAAUAUGGAAUCCCCCAACGUCGACCAGAACCGGCCGCCCAUCAAGGUGAUCAGCCUCGCCGUCUCCCUCCUCGUCUUCGGCUCCCUCGGAAUCGUCAUCGGCGUCGUCAUGGCCUGCAACCGAGUUGGCGGUGACCGAGCCCACGGGGUUUCCUUUGCGAUUCUGGGAUCGAUACUUUUCAUUCCUGGAUUCUAUUACACGAGAGUCGCGUAUCAUGCGUACAAGGGAUAUAAAGGCUUCUCCUUUGCCAACAUUGUCGACGACGCAUAAAGGCGGUUUUACUCUUCCGCGCCUCCUGUUUGGCUCCGCACUUGUGCAUAUCUUUUGAUGGAUUCCCUUCUCUCCCCUUUCAUGUGUGUGCCUAUCUUUACAAAUGAUAAUAAUAAUAGUGGCUAUAUAAAUGAAAUAUAAAAAUUUUAUUCUCAUGAAAAA